AGCAUUGAAGGAGGGCAUAAAAUUCUUUGAGUCGGAAAAUGGUGUUAUAUUGACACCGGGUAACGAAAUUGGUGUUUUGGAAUCAAAAUACUUUUCUAAAGUCAUUGCGGUAAAAACAGGUGAGCAGCUUUACCCUUAAAUCAUGGAGACCAAUACAAAGCAACCUGAACAGCGGCCCAGGACAGGAGACCAACGGGAGAGUGGACCCUCGGAGGCAGAAGCCAACAGAGUUAUAGUUUCAGGCUACCCGGGUGGGACGAAGGCCCGGCAGCUCCUGGAGCUGUUCCCGGGCUCGAGGGUGGAGACUCUGGGGUGGCGGCGCGCCACGCUGAGCUUCCCGACCGGGGUGGAGGCCGGGGCUGCGGCGCGGGCCCGGGUGUGCCUCGACGGCGUUCCCCUCGCUGUCAAACUCAACCGCUCCAAAGUUAAGGGACAAAAUAAGAAAGGUAGCAAUAAAAGGCCCCGCCCAGUGGACAAAGAAUUAGAGCCGGAGCUGGACCCUCGCAGCAUCGACUUCUCCGGCGACUUCCACCAGCAGCUGGACGCGGUGCUGGCGCACGUGCGUCUCACCCAGCUGGAGGUGGCCCGCAUCAGCCAGCUGUUCGACGACGUCGAGAUCGUGCUGCACGAGUACUGGCCAGGGUGUACAGCGCACCCGUUCGGCUCGCUCACCACCGGCCUGGGCAUGAAGGGCAGCGACGCGGACUGCCUCGUGCAGGGCGUGCAGCAGGACCAGCACACCGUCAACCGCGCGAGAAACCUGCUGCGACAGUAUCCUACCACCUUCCGACAGAUAAUAUCGAUACCCACGGCGCACACGCCCAUAGUGAAGUUCCUGCACGUGCCAACCAACACGCGAGCGGACCUGUCGUUCAAGACGACGCUGGGUGUGCGCAAUUCACGGCUGCUUGCGUUCCUGUUGCACGCCGACACGCGGGCGGCGCCCGUGGCCGUAGCGGUGAAGUAUUGGGGUAAAGUCGCCGGGUUUACCGGCAGCGGGAAGCUCACCAACUACGCGCUCGUAAUGAUGGUGCUGUUCUACCUGCAGCAGCGUAUUCUACCACCAGUGUGCAAGCUGCAGAGCGCGGCUACGGAACACAUGGUGGACGGGUGGGACACGGGCUUCGACGCGCGGUACGAGGCAUUACCGCCUACCACGUGCGACGCCACCAUAGCGGACCUCAUCGGUGGUUUCUUCGAGUUCUACGACGCUUUCAACUUCGAGCGCGACGUGGUCAACCCCUACCUCGGCCGCCCCGUCGAGAGGGCGGUGUUCGCUGACCCCGCGCAGCUGCCGCCCGAGUACGACCUGUACCGCCGGAACCUAGAGCAGGAGGUCGCCAGCCCGCUUCGCACGAGGACCGCCCUGUGCGUGCAGGACCCCUUCGAGCACAGCCACAAUGUCGCCUCCAUGCUCAGCGCCGCUCGCGCCGACGAGAUGAAGGCGUACAUAGCGUUCGCCGCCGCCGCCUACCAGCGGGAGAAGAAAAAAGGUUGCGUCGGAUUCCUCCAGACGAUCCUCCUCGAGCGUCCCGUCGUCCAGGUCAAGCGACGGAUCCCCGACUACAGGGUGGUGAUGCGGGAGUCCUACCUGUCCCGCCUGCAGCCCGACUGGCAGCGCCCCGUGCGGGAAGCCGCGCUGCGAGUGUUCGACGAGAUCCUCAAACUCGCCCUGACGAAAGCCGAUAAGAGUACCGGCGACGAGGCCGCGGUGACGAAGGAACGGUAUGCCGCCGUCCUCGUCAAGCCCGUCUGGCGGAGGAAGGAGGCGGCGAGGAACAUACGAGCCGCCGCCAGCUUCGUGGAGCGCCAGCGUCUCAUCACGGAGGAGAUCCUCGCGCACGAUCCGAACGAGUUCAGCGUGCCCGUCCAGCUGGAGAUCCAGCUCAGCAAUAGGAGGAGGCGGGCCGUGGUGUCGGUCCGCGUGGCGGCCGAGGCGAGAGACGACGCGGCCAAAGUGCAGAAGUUCAUGGAAUUCGGCCAGUUCUACCUGGCGACGAUCCAGAGCUGGAUGUACCAGCUGAUCGACGCCCAUCUCGUAAAAAAACAAAUCGCCCCGCCGCGAAACAGAAAGGAGAACACCCCCCCUCCGGACGACGAAACGAUCUCGUCCGACGAAGACGAAGAAUACGAUAGCGACAGCCCCGUGGUGGUUACGAACAGCGCAUACAGGGAUAAAGACAUAGCCGACGUGGCAGACUCUCUUGAGAAUUCCCUGGGAAUCGCCGACGGAUUCAAAUUUAAUUUUAAAUUGGACAGUAGUGCCAACGAAGUGAGAGUACUGGAAAGUACACGAAACGUCGAAAAUUCGUCCCCAGCGAACAAAAGUACAUGAGUAGCAGUAAGUGUGAUAGAAAUAAGAUUGACUG